AUGGCGGCUAAUCAAGAAAUCCAAGUGACAAAGCUCUUCGCCGAGUUCGUGUCCAAAGCAGACGUCUCGCUACUCACCCCGACCGUCGUCGCCCACGUCAAGGAGUACCUCCUCGACUACCUGGGCGUCACCGUCGCCGCCGCGCACAGCUGGGAGUCAACGGAGCAGAUCCUCAAGGCCGUCAUGGCUCUCGGGGCACGCACGGGAGCGUCCACGGUGGUCCUCAAGGGAAAUAACUUCCUGCCGCAGUACGCGGGACUCAUGAACGCGGCGCUGGGCCACACCAUGGACUUUGACGACACUUAUACGCCCGGCUCCCUGCACGCGGGCCGGCUGCCGGCCUCGACCGUGGAGGACGCCUUCGGGCUGGCGCUGUCCAAGGCGGCCGGGUCGAUGCAGUACCUGGAGAACGGGAGCUGGAACAAGCGGCUGCACCCUGGGUUCGCGGUCCACGACGCCUUCGUGGCCGUCUCGCUGGCGGAGGCUGGGGUUCUGGGUGCUGCGAGGCCGUUUGAGGGGAGCUACGGGUUGCUGCACGCCUACACUCCACGUACGGAGCAUGACCUGCCCUCGCUCGUUGCGGACCUCGGGAGCCGCUGGGACUUUAUUGAGACUGCUCUGAAGCCGUACCCAGCUUGUCGUAUGACCCAUGGGCUGAUUGAGGUCGGCGGGAGACUUGGGCAGGAGGCCAAGGGGCGGGAGGUCGAGAAGCUCACGGUGUCGCUGAGCUCGCCGAACCACAUCGUCGUGGGCUCUCGGAUCCCCAACAAGCUGCAUCCUGCGAACAUCGUGGAUGCGCAGUUUUCUGCCUACUUUCAGCUGGCGCAUGCGUGGUUAUACGGGUCAGAUACCGGUAUUGAGUUUUCUAAGCGGCUUGGUGAUGAGGCCAUCCACAAGCUGUCGGACAAGAUCGAGUGUGUCAAGGACGACUCCGUCAAAGGCUUCGGGAGCAAACUAAGGGUUCAGUAUUCAGAUGGGGAGACAAAGGAUGUAGACAUUCCGUUUCCUCUGGGCGAGCCGGAGCAUCCGUUCAGUAGGGACCGAGUCGAGGCCAAGUAUUUCAGUCUGGUGACUCCAGUUCUUGGGGAAGCCAAGGCGAAGGAUCUCAAGAAUCUGGUUGAGAAUUUGGAAAGUCACUCUGUAUCUGAACUUCUGCAGCUUAUAUCAUAG